AUGAGUCAAGUUCAGUGUUUACCCGUUGCUGGCAAGAAUAUGUCGAAAGUUAAAAAAUAUCUUGAAGAUGCUCGCGACAAUGAGACUCGCGAAUUGGAAUUGAUUGAUAAAAAUAUCUCAUCGCUCGACGAGUUGCCAAACAUCUUUAGUCUACCGUUCGUGACUCGCAUAACGUUGAGCCAUAAUAAGAUUUCGGUAUUGCCACCAGCGAUCGCGAACCUUAAUAAUUUGGAAAUUCUGAAUUUAUCAAAUAAUCACUUGGAGGAACUGCCGCUUUCACUCUCGUCGAUGCCAAAACUGAGAAUAUUAAAUUGUUCAAUCAAUCGUCUCAGCACAUUGCCUCGUGGUUUCGGUGCCUUUCCAGUUCUUGAAGUUUUGGAUUUAUCGUAUAAUAAUUUGAAUGAGCGAGAACUUCCCGGAAACUUCUUCAAAUUGGAAACUCUCCGUGCCUUGUAUUUGGGAGACAAUGACUUUGAGUAUUUACCACCAGAGAUCAAAUUCAUGAGGAACUUACAAAUCCUUGGUCUCCGUGAUAACGACCUAUUAGAACUUCCUCGUGAGAUCGGUGAACUAGGUCGCCUGCGUGAAUUGCACAUCCAAAACAAUCGUUUGACAGUAAUCCCACCAGAAAUUGCAAACUUGGAUCUUUACAGCAACAAAUCUGUUUUUAAGAUGGAAGAAAAUCCAUGGGUUCAGCCGAUCAGUGAACAAUAUUUACUUGGUAUAAGUCAUGUACUUGAAUACAUUAAGACAGAAGCAUAUCGAAUCUUAUACAACAGACAUGUUACUGGUGGAAAAAGUGCUGUUCCGAUUCCACCACGAGCAGACAAGUCAAAGAAAGCUUCAAGAGCUCGAUCUUAAAAAGUUUUGUUCAGAAUACCAAAAAAUUGUUCCGAAACAACGAUGUUUAAUGGAGCAACUAGCAAGCAGCUUGAAAAAUCAACUCAAAUAAAUUAAAAUUAGGUCAUUUAAGUCGAGGAAGUUCAUUUUGGCAUCUGGAAUGUUGGAGUGUGGUCUUUAAUUUUAUUGCUAUUUGAACUGGAUAGAAUAGAUUUUAUUAUUUUUGAACAAUAUUUGAGUAGUAAAUUAUUAAAGGUAGACAAAGUAGUGUGCAAUCUCAAUAGAAAUUUUGGUCAACACUUAAGGAUAUUGAUCCCGAAUGGCACAAGUCGGUUAAUCGAAUGGAUCUGAAUCAAAGUCAGCUUCAUUCCAAGGUCAUGCCAGAUUUGACAUUGAUUAACCGACCAGUGCCAUUCAGGGAUGUGCUUAAACGGAAUUCUUGAAGUUGACAAUUCACCGGUUCUUCAAGCAAUCUGUAAACUUCAAGAUUCUUAUCAAUAAAUCAUCCUCAAAUAUAUAAUCACAUAAAUUCCAUAGAACCUACAAAACCACACAAGAUCAUUACUCCAAACCCAUCAGAAGAUCACAGAACCUAACUUAACCCCAAAGUUUUCAAGCUGCCAAAGAUUAAACUUCGAACAAAAAAAAAACUUUAAGAAUUGAAAUUUCUGUGCCUUUACUAAUAUUAAAAAAUUAUACCAUUAACUAAUGAAUUAACUCUAGUAUUAAUAAUUCUUAAACAGACUAAUGUUGUCAUUUUUGGAAUAGAAAAAAAAUGAAGAGAUGAAAUUUAUUUAUGGAAGUAUAACUUUGUUGUUGUUUCUAAAAACUGUUGUAGAAAAAAUUUUUGGGUUUUAAUUUCCAAAUUGAUUAUGAUUUUACUUAUCAACUAGCUAGUUGGAUUAACGGAG